AUGAUCAUUAUCAUAAUUACGCUGAAAAGACCAGACGAUGACCGUUGCUCAAAUGACACUACGAAAGUAUCUAUCGCUAGAGUUUUGCUCUUUCUUUCUUUCUUUCUUUUCCGGGAUAUUUCGGAGCUCAAUUCAUCAUCGCUUGACUCGAGGAAGAACAUCGUUCAAAACCCAACCGAAUCAACUCAAGUGUCCGAUCAAAGACACGAAAGUCCGGCGAAAGGCUCUCAGUUUCUACUCCUCCCUAUCUCUCAGUAUUUCUCUCAGUCUAUUUUUAUCUCCCUCUCUAUCAGUCAGUUUCUCUCACUCUCAGCCUGUAUCUCUCUCUCUCUCUCAGAAUGUUUCUCUCAACCAGACUCUUUCUCUCUCACUCUCACUCUCUCUCUCUCUCUCUCUCUCUCUCUCUCAAUCAGUUUCUCGCAGCUUGUUUCUCUCAGACUGAUAGUCUCUCUCAGGGCUCUCUCUCUCUCUCUCUCUCUCUAUCACGCUCUCAGCUUUAUUAUUUCUCGGUCAGUCUCACUCUCAGCCUGUUUCUCCUUUUUUCUCUCAGUCUCUCCUUUUUAUCUCUUAGUCUAUUUUUCUGUGUAUCUCCCUCGAUUUCUCUCAACCUCACAUUCUCUGAGUCUGCUUUUCUUUCGCCUUCUCUCUCCUUCUCGCUCCCAAAUUUUAUUAUUCGGUCAGUCAGUCUCUCUCAGUUUAUCUCUCUCUAUCAGCCAGUUUCUAAGUCUGUUUACCUCCUCUUUUUUCUCUCAUGCUACCACACACUCUCUCUUAGCUAGUUCUUUCUUUCUUUCUUUCUUUCUUUCAGCCUUUCUUUCAGCCUUUCUUUCAGCCUUUCUCUCUCAGUCAGCUUGUAUCUAUCUGCCCCCCUCUCUCAACCUGUCUCUCAGUCUGCUUCUCAUCCUGUUUUUCUCUUUCUUGUCACCAUCAAUGAUUAAUUGUGUACACCUUUUUGGUAUUUCGUUCAAAAUUAACAAAUGA